CGUGCAAACAACAUCCCUCACGUCAAAGUUACGGGUACCUCCACCACCACGCUUUUGCUUUCGAAACCCACCCAAAAGCCAAACAUUGGCCGCACUCUUCAAAAACAUCACUGUUCCUCUACUCAUCAACAACAUUCAAUCAUCCACCUUUACAACCUUACAUACCUCUUCACGAACCCAAUUAUCUUUUCUUUUCCCUUUCUAUCCCUCAUUACUCCACCACCUUAUUCUCCAAUCACGCUGUCUACGAACGUUUCUUACCAGCAUCGCGUCUUGUCUUUAAGGUUCAUUGCCUAUUUUUGCAUUUGCACUAUUCAGCGCUUGAUCUCUAAAGCUUGUUGACAUACACUUUCGCCCUCACCCUCUGAACAAUCAAUUCAUAUACCUCAAAAUCUAAUUGUGGUUUUUAAAUCAAAGCGACUUUACCCACCUACAAGAUGCCUCCGGGACGCUCUGUCAGACAGCGAGUCGCUACCAACGAGAAUGAUGAAAAUGCCACUGCAAAUGCUACGCGUAUGACGCGUGCAAAGGCUGCAGCCCUUGAUCUCGAUGUUUCAUCUCAGCCGGCCAAACAGGUCCUUCAGUCCAAGAAGUCUGCAGUCAACGCGAAUCCCACCGCCCAAAGAAAGCGCGCCGCCCUUGGUGAUGUCAGCAACGUUGGAAAAGGGGAGGCCGCCGAAGGCAAGAAAGCUGCUAGCAAGGUCGGCCUAGUCUCCAAGGCCGCGCAACCUACAGGAAUUCAGAAGGCCACUGCCCGUGCCACUUCAACUCGAUCUGCUUUGGCCGCCAAGGAGGCGAAAAAGCCCGAGGUGAAGCGAGCAGGAUCCGGCUCCGGUGCCCUCGGUACAACCCACAAGAGAAAAGUCACGUCAACAACAAUCAAGCAAGAUGUCCUCUUAGAAGAGCCGGUUCGCAAGAAGGCCAACACUGUGAGCAACGAACCCGCGAAGCUCGAACGCCCCGAACCCAAGUCAUCCAAGUCGGAUAUCGCAGCCGAGAAGGCGGUUCAGAAAGAAGAUGCCUCCAUCAAGGAGGAGGUUGGCAUUGUGCUCCCUGAAGGUGUAAAAGAUCUAGAAGAAGAAGGUCUAGACGACCCUGUGAUGGUGGCUGAAUAUGCCCAUGAGAUCUUCGAAUACCUCAAAGACCUCGAAUCCAAGUCGGUACCUAAUCCUGACUACAUGAGCCAUCAAGACGAGCUGGAGUGGAAGACGCGAAGUAUCCUUGUCGACUGGAUGAUUGAAGUUCAUACCCGAUUCCACCUCCUUCCCGAGACUCUCUUCCUUGCUAUUAACAUUAUCGAUCGAUUUUUGUCUCAGAAGGUUGUCCAACUGGACCGCGUCCAACUUGUCGGUAUUACAGCCAUGUUUAUUGCAGCCAAGUACGAAGAGGUGUUGUCGCCUCAUGUCAGCAACUAUAGAAUGGUAUCCGAUGACGGCUUUAGUGAUGCCGAGAUCCUUAGUGCAGAGCGGUUUAUUCUAGAGACAUUGAACUACGACCUAAGCUAUCCAAACCCCAUGAACUUUCUCCGACGGAUCUCAAAGGCGGACGAUUACGAUAUUCAAUGUCGAACCAUUGGAAAAUUCUUAAUGGAGAUCAGCAUUGUUGAUUACCGAUUCCUGGCAUACCGACCUAGCCAUGUUGCUGCUGGUGCUAUGUAUCUUGCUCGAAUGAUACUUGACCGUGGUGAAUGGGAUCCUACCAUCGCCUACUAUGCCGGAUACACGGAAGAAGAGAUAGAACCCGUGUUUGAGCUUAUGGUCGAUUAUCUAGCUCGUCCCAUCUGUCACGAGGCCUUCUACAAGAAGUACGCUAGCAAGAAGUUCAUGAAAGCUUCGUUGAUUACUCGCCAAUGGGCUAGGAAGAACGCACCUAUUUUUGGUAUCACGGACACGAAAUUAUCUGUGGACGACCUUUCGUCGCUGGAGCCGGAUUAUUAAUACAUACCAUUCAAUUGCACUAUGAUAUUCCUACGUUUAAGAGCCUUACUGAGUGUCAGGAUACUCAGGGUCUCAUUGGAUGAUGGCCUUACGAUACCAGCUUGCAUGACGUUCGGCCGAUGACUUUCAUAAUCUUGAUUGCGGAUCCUGCCCCUUGAGCUGAUGGGCGUUUUUGAUCCGGGCGUCCAAUUUCCAUACCCACGAGCAAAUCGACUUCUAGAUGCUGCCUGGAAGUCAUUUCAUUAUACCAGGCCCCCCGGUUAUGAUAGCUUGCAGCUACGUUGUCACAUUGGUCUCACAUUUCCUCUGUUGUGUGCUAGGCACACCACAUUACGGUAAAAAGUCUCGGGCGUCCAGAGCUGGUGGCGUUUUGCCUAAUUUACGAAUUUUCCGGUCACUACCGCUUGCUCAGCGGCUAUCGUAAUGCUCUGCUCGGUUUUCGCGAGCUUAGUUCCGUCUCUAUCAACGGAGCCUUGCCAGCUCAGCCUGCUACUCAUCUCCGAGAAGUUUUGGUAGACGGCCAUCCGGAGCUGGCUGUCGAUAGGCGGUUCGGAGGGAACUUCACAAGUUGUACAUAUUAUACUGUUAAGCGGUUCGGAUUAGACCAGGGAACAAGGGCAGGGGGGGCUGGCAGUGAGAUUUGCGUUGCAUUAAUCAAGGUUUUUCAUUAACGUUAAAACUAAUUGUUGUUUUUCGUGAGACCGCGCGUGAUG